AUGCAACCAAUGUGUUACCAAAUAUGGAAACGUAGGUCAACAGAGAAUUUCACAUCAUUACCGUUUGUGGCCGGUGUCAUGAGUGCAUCGUUAUGGCUUCGUUACGGAUUUUUAAAAGGAGACGUAAAUAUAGUCGCUGUAAAUGUAACAGCAGUGACUCUAAAUACAGUCUACUUGACGCUGUAUUAUUACUACACUAAACCAAGAUUUUACUUAAACUUAACACUUCUCGGUGUGAUAAUCGCUGAAACCUCUAUGAUGGUUUAUGUGCAAAUUUAUCAGCUCGCUGCACUCGAUUUGCUUGGCCUUGCCUCAUCAACGCUGAACAUUGUCUGUUUUGGUUCACCGCUUGGUGGUUUGCGAGUUGUACUUCAAAAACGGAGCUGUGAAACUUUACCACUUCCGAUGAGCAUAGGAAAUUUUGUGGUGUCUGCCGAAUGGUUCUUCUACGGCAUCUUUAUGCAUGACAUCUACAUUAUUGUUCCAAAUGCAAUUGGAUCAUGCUUGGCAAUCGUUCAACUUGUUCUCUUCCUCAUUUUCCCCAUGAAACCAGGAAAAGAGGCAGUCCAAUCAAAACUGUAUAAAGUUGUGAUCCGAAAAGGAAUUGUUCGACCUAAAAAAGCUUGGAUUCCCGAUGAAAUUAGUCAAAAAGAUCUAGUCAGUCCUAACGAUUCUAAAAAUUUGUUGAUCAAAGAGAAUGAUAGGGAUAGUUGUCAACCUGAAAAAAAGGAAAAUUCAUUUACCGGAAGUAAUAUAACUCAAUGUACCAAUGUCAGUGAAACGACACCACCAACUCGGCCACAUAUUGUCGUUUUUUUCGAAGAGAAUCAAAUGGUAGGUACAACAAAGUUCUGUAUUGUUUUUCCCUGGCUGAUAGACUUUGAAAAAAUCGUUAUUAGUUUUAAUUUAGUUCAGAAUAAACCAAGUGUCGAUUUUUUUUCAGAAUGCUGGAUUCCCUCUGUAAGUCGGUGAAC